UUGAACGCGUUGCAUGGACCCAUCUGUGUCAUGGAUUCCCUUUAAUUUCUUCCCUUUGGAUUUUCAUAUCAACGUCAAUGCGAGAAUAGGACCUGAAAAGCAUGAAUACGUCAAAAUGGAGCCUCGUCCCUAUAACAAUGCUCGCGUUAAUCUCCACAGGCAGUCCAGCCUCGUCGAAUCCUGUAGAACAGCAAGAUCUGCAGAAACGUCACGUACCAAUUGCGAACCAGUCGCUUGCCGUACAACCCUACUGGGAGCACAUGCUUCGUGAAUUCGUGUUCAAGACAAUCUCACCGCCGCCACCGGGCAACAACCGGCUGUACAAACGCCUGUUGGACGCCCCAUUUUACGCUGGUCCGUUUCCAAUGGUCUCGAACGAUGUGCCCAGCAUUACUUUGUCGCGCGGUGACGUUUAUUACCUGCCGAACGGACACUGGCUGUUCUGUCAGGAAGGUUGUAUCAGUUGCGAGGUCUGCUCGGAGCAUACGCACCCAACAGUCAAAUGGGUGCUUCGUAGGGUGAGAAGGUACUCGACUCAAGGCUCCAGCAGGCACGAUCUGCAACUGACGAUCAUACCUCAAACCGACGGUAGUUACCACAUGAAUAACCUCUGGCCUCGAUCUUACGUCUACGUAACGUCACAGGGCGAACAGGCUGCUUAUUGGAACGACAAACUUGGUUACCAUGGGUUAGGAGCUUACGUGAAUCUCGAAGAUGGGUCCUCAGGGCCGAGAGAGAAGACGAAUAAUUUCUGGAGGUACGUGCAAAGGGAUUCCUUGGCUGAUAGACGACAUCCCGGGGAAAAGAAGAAUGAUACCAUUGCUGGAGAGACUUUGGAGAAGAUACCUAAGGUCGAUGUCGAAAGCACCACAGCAGCACCUCUUGAAGAAAGUACAACUACAAAGAAGGCUCCAUCGAAGGAUCUUGGAAAACAACGUCCACGUGUUAUUCAGAAUAAUUCUGAUAAGAAAGGAACGAACGUCUCCUCGAUUUCGAAUGAGAAUUGGAAGAAUAAGUUGAAACAGCUCGUGCCGAAGCUGAUCCUUGGCACUGAUCAAACGGGACAGAAGCAUUUGGUGCACGUGGUACCGGCUGACGUGCCGACGAACGCGACAUCGAUAAAUUCUCUUGCUUCCAAUCUCCUGAACUCGACUGGUCAGAGCAAGAUAGCCUAUCAGCGGAUAUUGAGGAGGAUCUUCGAUUCGUUGAACAGCAACAGGCGGCCUAUAGAGAAUUUUCUUGAACCUUUCAAGCAAUCCAGAAAAAUUAGUAAACCAAAUGAGGAACAUCAGCAAGAGGAGACGAAGAAUGGUCUUUAUCCAGUUCUGGAUGAGAGAACUCGAAACGAAUCUCUGUUGCAUAAUCGCUGGCCUUUCACUUUGAACUGGAAAAGGCAGCGAAGGAAAUCAAACGAUGGAGUAUUUGUCAGUGAUUUUACAAAGAGUACAGGUAAUCCUGGAUGGAACAGUAAUCAUAAUUCGAAUUCCGAAAUACAAAAUCUCACUGAUUCAACGAUCAAUCCGUAUGUUAAUAAUCGAAACGGUUCUGUCGGAUUCCAUCCUGGAAUAAUUAAUCGUGAUGAUUAUAGCAGUAGCGCUUCAAACGAUAAUUUGGAAUUGAUGAUCGUCCAUCAGAACAACCGUAUGUACGAAUUUACACCUCGUCACUUUCAAUUAUUCGUUGGUCCUUUGCCAACGAGAAAACCAGAAGAGAUUGUACGUCCAAGUAAAAAUAAUCAAAAUCAAUCCGAUUCGAUUCCUAUGCACCAAAGUAUCGAGCUCAAAGAUGUCUAAGAUCCGUCACAUAUUAAUUAAAUAAAAUUCAAUUCGAUAGUUUCGUAAAUUUUGUUUCUGUAAAAUAAUUUCUUCCUGCAGGUAAAUUAAAAUAUU